AUGGGUAAAUCCUCCAAAGACAAACGUGAUGCUUAUUAUCGUCUGGCCAAAGAGCAGAAUUGGCGUGCCCGCUCCGCUUUCAAGCUAAUUCAGAUCGACGAACAAUUCGACCUUUUCGCACACUCUGAUCCGGACAGUGUGACACGUGUGGUGGACUUAUGUGCCGCACCGGGGAGCUGGAGCCAGGUGCUUAGUCGGGUGCUGAUCAAAGGGGAGAGCUUUGGACGAAGAGCUUGGGAAGAGAAGCGGAAGAAGCAAUUGAGAGAUUUGCGACGAUGCGAAGAAGAGACAGGCCGAGAAAGUUUCAGCGAAGAGACUCAGAAAAAGGGAGAUAUCGAUGAAGAUGGAUCGCAAAUCCUUAAGCCACGGAAGAAUGUCCGCAUCGUCGCGAUAGAUCUCCAGCCCAUGGCUCCUCUAGAUGGAAUCACGACUCUAAAAGCAGACAUCACCCACCCGUCUACAAUUCCGCUUCUACUCAAAGCUCUGGAUCCGGACCUCUACAGUGAGAAUGAAAAUGGAAACACAAGCACCCCUUCCCCCUCCAGGCCGCACCCUCACCCGGUUGAUCUCGUCCUCUCCGAUGGUGCCCCCGAUGUUACGGGCCUCCAUGAUUUAGACAUAUACAUCCAGUCCCAACUCCUUUACGCUGCCUUGAAUCUCGCCAUUGGCGUGCUUCGCCCUGGAGGGAAAUUUGUGGCGAAGAUAUUCCGUGGGCGAGACGUCGACCUCAUCUAUGCCCAGCUUAAAACCGUUUUUGAAAAAGUCUCCGUCGCCAAACCCCGAAGUAGCCGAGCAAGCAGCCUUGAAGCGUUCGUGGUUUGCGAAGGAUUCAUACCUCCGGUAGACAGUAGUGGAGAAUCGAGAGCCAGUUUUGAAAAUCCGAUUUUUGGAGGUGCAAGGUCUGGGGUCCCAGCUACCGCGGGAGCCACUGAGGUCGACAAUAUACGGUGGAUUCCACCGUUUAUUGCUUGCGGGAGCUUGUCCGCUUGGGAUGCUGAUGCCUCGUACGAGCUCCCACCGGACCACGUCAGCCUUGAUCCAAUACAACCACCCACUGCACCUCCUUAUAAGAGGGCGCUGGAAUUGAAAAAGGCAAAAGGUGGCGCAUAUGGAAAAACGAAGGGAGUUGUGUAUGAAUUUUGA